UUAAAUCAUCGUAUUACUGAACAGAAGCGGGGAUAAUAUAUUAAAACAUAAUUAAGUGGCACAGUGAAAUAUUAUCUAAUAAUAUAAAAAGGGGGUUGAUUCUAUGCAUUACCAAAGUUAAACCCACAUAAAAUCAUGGAUAACGAAUUCAGAGAUAUAUCCACUAGUAUCUGGCUACAGUUGGGUUAUGGAGUUGGACAUAUUUUAAAUGAUGUGUGUGCAAGUUUAUGGUUUACAUACUUUUUAGUGUUUUUUCAUUUAGUGCUAGAGUUCUCUGCUUCCCAAGCUGGGAACUUGAUGCUGAUUGGACAGGUGGUUGAUGCUUUAUCUACACCAUUUGUGGGAUACCACUCAGACCACACUGACAAUGUCAUCAGCAUACAGUAUGGGAAACGAAAACUGUGGCAUUUGUUUGGUACAGCAUGUGUUCUUGGAUCAUUCCCUUUUAUAUUCACCCAAUGUAUAGGGUGCUCCAUGGCUCACAAGUGGGCCCAGAUGUUUUACUUUGCAGCCUUUAUUAUGAUAUUUCAAAUUGGCUGGGCAUCAGUGCAAAUAUCACAUUUAAGUCUUAUUCCUGAGCUCUCAAGUGAUGACCAUACAAGGACCCACCUCACGGCUGUUCGAUAUGGAUUCACAGUGUUUUCAAACCUUCUUGUGUAUGUUGUGACGUGGCUUGUGCUGCAUGUUACUGGAGACUGCAAUAGUCAUCAAAUAGGACCAACAGAUGCAUGGAAGUUCAGACACAUUGUGUAUAUUGUGAUGGCAGUGGGAGUGGUGGCGUCUGUUGUGUUCCAUGUGACGGUGCAUGAGAAGAGACACCGGAGACAGGAGGAACUACUGAAUGUGGAGGAGAGCACACACGCAGACUUCCUCAAGAGACCUCUCAUGUAUCAGGUAGCAGGGGUCUACAUGAGCACACGGCUCGUAGUAAACGUGUCUCAAGUCUUCAUCCCCCUCUACUUACACCAGACGCUGGCUCUACCGGCCCGGUCCCUGGCCGUGGUUCCCCUCACCAUGUACCUGGGCAGCCUGUCAGCGGCCGCCGUGCAGAGGGCUGCGCCGAGGUCUCUGUCGAGGAAGGUUAACUACCUGUUUGGAGCUCUCUGCACGCUGGUGGCGAUCGUGUGGAUAUUUGUCGGCUCUGGGGAGAGUUAUAAGGUUUAUGAGAUUUAUGCGGUUGCUGUUUUGAUUGGUUUCGGCGGCGCCAUAAUGCUGGUCACUAGCCUCUCCCUGACGGCGGACCUGGUGGGGUCCCAGACGCGCGCCUCGGCCUUCGUGUACGGACUCAUGAGCUUCACCGACAAGCUGUCGUGCGGCGUCGCCAUCGCGCUUAUACAGAAGUAUGCUGAUGUGGCUCCGAUAGGCUACUACAGAGACAUCCUGUGUUGGGUGUGCGGCGGCGCGUCCGUGCUAGGGCUGGCGUUGACGCUGUUUCUGCCCAAGUUUAAUUCAGGCGCUGAAAGACUUAUUGUUGAUGCCUCAAUUAAUUCAGCAGACGACACCGGUCAUGAGGCUGAUAUAUGAUAACUGUGUAUAGAUCAAUUUUACAUAUCUAAUAAGUAGAUGAAAUAAUGUACUGAAUUAAUUGUAUAUUUUGACAACAAUAUUUUCAUGUUUUAGUCCUAAAGCACAAGAUUCCUAAUGAAUGUAAUAAUGACAAUAUAGUAAAUUGUUACCAUAAUAAAUGUACCUAUACCCGAUUAUAAAUUGUAAGGUAUAUUAUUGCUGGUAUUUAUUGUGCAUAAUACACUUCUGUGUCUGCUAUUGUGUUUAUUUUAAAACUGUAAUUAUAACUUUGCUAAGCUGUGAUUUAAGAAUAAGUUUUUUUAAUGAAUACAUAAUUAUUAUUAUAAUUACCUAGUUGUAAAUAUUGACUAUUGUGUUGCAGUAAUGAUUAUAUCAAUAAAACAUAUUUUAAUUCAAA